AUGGGACCCUCUAGCCUGCUGUCCAUCUACCCAGCCAGGGAGAGAGCGGUGCUGCCGGGAAGGAAACACUGGAGUGUGCUCCAGCAGCACAUCCCCUGCGCCGUUACCUGCAUGGAGAUGCCCAGUGGUCGGGUGCUGCCAAGGCUGUCAAAAGUGCUGGGGCUCGAGGGUGACAAGAAGUCCAUCAUAAAAUUCGAAUUUAACCCCAAAGAUGGGAUCGACAACCCUGCCUUGUCGCUGACUGAGGACACGGAUGACGAGGGCGUGGGGGAGCCCCGCUUCUACCUCCUGAACAAGGGCAGCGCAGAGACCUUCGGCUUCUGCCUCCAUGAGGAGCUGGGCUGCCAGGGCCACAUCAUCCGGCAGGUCGAGCUGGGGGGGCUGGCCCAGCGCAGGGGCCUGCAGGACGGGGACCGGCUCCUCCACGUCAAUGGCCGCUUCGUGGAUCACAUGGACCACCACAGGGUGGUGCAGAAGAUCAAGGCCAGCGGGAACCAGGUCCUGCUGGUGGUGCUGGAUGGCGACUCCUACAAAGCAGCCAAAGCCCUGGGCAGGGACCUGUCCCAGAUGCUGCCUGCUGACAUCCGCCCUCGCCUCUGCCACAUCACGCGGGACAAAAGUGGUUUUGGCUUCAGUGUGUCGGGUCCGGAAGGCGCAAAGGGCACCUUCCAGCUGUCGGUGCGGCAGGAUGGGCCAGCGGAGAGAGCAGGGGUACCACCGGGCUCCUGGCUCCUGGAGCUGAACGGAGCCAGCGUGAGGAGCUACUCGUACGCACAGCUCGCCAGAAAGCUUAAGCGGAGCGGCAGCAAGGUGACGCUGCUGGUGGCGUCCAGUGCCGUGGAGGAGUUUUACCGCCUGCGGGGCCUGCGGGUCAUGGCUGCCUUGGCGGACGUCUCCUGGCUCCCCUUCAAGGUCCGGGAGCUGCACAUGGUGAAGGGUCCAGCUGGCUACGGGUUUCUGCUCAAGGAGGACGACUGCAGCUCAGGGGCCACAGGCCAGUUCCUGUGGGACGUGGAUGUGGGGCUGCCGGCCGAGCAGGCAGGGAUGAAGGAAGGGGACCGUCUCCUGGCUGUGAAUGGUGAGAGCAUUGAGGGGCUGGACCACCACCAGACUGUGCUCAGGAUCCGUGCCCAUGAUGACCAGGUGAAGCUGCUGGUCAUCGACCCCGCUAGCGAUGAGUUCUACCAGUCGAUCGGGCUGUCCCCUCUGCUGUUCUUUGAGGACACUGACCCUGCCUCAGGCUCCCAAACGCCCUCCCUGCCCUCUCCCAGUGGCUCUCCUGGACUCCGUCACGUUGAGGUGGGACCAAAGGGACCUGGCUCCUGGCUGGUGGCUGCUGCCAACAGUAUAGGGUUCACACAGGUAACCCCUCUUGCCAGGCUCUUGUGGCUGUGCUGCUCACAGCCCAGCGCUGCUUUAAGUCCUGGCACCCUCCUGCCCUGCCUGUCCUAAUAUUUCCCUGGCACCUGUGACACCACCGGGAGGGGGCUGCGUGGUCCCCUGGUCACAGGGGCCAGGCAGAAAGAGCCUCCAACCUGCCCAGGGGGCGAGGGUGGAGUGUGGUGGGGGUGAGUAGAUACGUGCUGUCCGCAAUACCCUUGCUGUGCUCCCGCAGAGCCCACACCAGGAGCAGAGGAGGCUGCACCAGGCAUUCUAGCAACCCAGGAGCACUUUGCCUCCAGCCAGGCUCCCCCCCACAACCUCGGCCAGGUCCAGCCCGUCAGUGCCCUUCGCUUGGCUCCCCGGAGAGUACAGCGCUGCUCAGCCAUGGCCGUUGCACGCACAGCUGUUGUGUCUCCAUGCCCGCAAUGGGGCUCGCAGCAUCGCACCGCCCAGAGACUCAUCUCCACUGACCGAGGUGGGCCUCAAGCUUUUAUUAACCAUGGCGGUGGCUUCUCGUAACUUGAAGACGGACCUGUGUCUUUGCCUGCCCAGCUGCCUCCAGGGGUAUCUAGAGACAUUGCACUGAAGCCCUUGCCCAGCCCCAGGCUCUGCGAGCUCCCAGGAGAGCCGAGGCGCUGCCCUGCAUGCCAUGACCCAGGGGACUGGGGAGCCUGAGGCUUGGCUCAGCCCAGGGCUGGCCUUCAGGCCGCUGUGUGAAGGGGAGAGGGAGCAGCAGAGACUGACGGGGUGCUGGAGGAACCCCCCACCUCUCAGCCUGUCGGCUCAGGUCUGCCCCUGCAUGGACAUCUCUCUGGUGCUCCUCCUCUCAUCGUCCCAGUGAACCUGUGGGCAGUGUCUGCCACCCAUCAUAGCACUGUUCCCGCGUCACCCAUUUGGGGUGUGAUAAAAGCACAAAUCCA